GGUGCUUCUCAUCGGCUGACGAAUUUCUUACGCCAACGCCGACGCAGAGUAAUCGUACGCCAUCUCCGACCACAACGGAAAAGUAGCGACACCGCAUCGUGCCAUUAACUUUCGGCGAUCGUCGGCCUCUGCCUCUUCAGCGACGUCAACUAUCCCCGCACUUGCGCAACCGCGGCUGUCACGCGAGGCUACCGCCCGUGAUCAGGACGUGUACCUCUAUAGGAGAGGGGGGAGUGUUUUCUUUCCUUAGCCCUGGCGGCCUAGCCGCUUCGUCAAGAUGGGCAAAAUCACGAAAAUCAUGCAGGCCCGGCACCGGGAGAAUAUGUCUCCCUGGGUGAAGGAAUACGUCCUCGAGGCAUCCUCCUUACCGCUGCCGCUCAUUCCCAAGAAGCUCGAAGAGUUUCCCACAAGAUGGCCGUUCCCGCGUGGCGACCUCUAUCACUGGAUACCGCUCUUGAACCGGUUCGACAGCAUCCUCGAGGCAUUCUGUGCUACCUACAAGCUUCAAGAAGACUUUCAGAUGCGUGACUUCGGGUGCGAUCUCCUCAUGAACAAGGGAGCGGAUGUCGAGUACCAUGACCGGAACGCUUGGACUAAGGAGCGUCUGGCUGAGUUCGGCUACAGAGAGGAUGGUGACUGCCAACUCAUCAUAUCCAUCCUCAACUUCACUCGGGUGCUCUUGCAACAUUGUGGAAACCGGAGCAUCUAUGCGAGCAGCCCGCACUUGAACGAUUUGCUCAAUAGCACCGAUCUCAAUGUUGUCUACGCUACUCUGGAGGUCGGUCUGGAGCUUGCACAGCGCUACCAGGCUUCGAUUAAGCGUGUGGGCAACCCCAAUCGCCAAGUGAGCAGCGCUCUGCUCGCGAAUCAUUACAAUAUCGAUCUCGAGCGGGUGCAUGUUCUCGCCCAGCCCUUUGUGAAGACCCCGGUCUCACCGGGUCCUCGCUUCUCUGACCUGCCGCCUGCCACCCCAGGCCCGACAAACAAGGGCAAAGAAAAGGCGCCGGCCCUGAUCCAGAGAAAUGUGACGUCCUUGUUCGCCAACGAUCUCACCGCGCUCGUCGCUCAGGGCUCGACCGACGAUGGACGCUGGAAUGGCUGGGGGGAUGUGAAGGUUCUCUAUUAUCCCAAGACUGACACCUCGGGAUUCUCCGUGCCAGAGUCUGUGGUUGGGGAACGUGGCUCGUCCUCUGUCCCAACGACACCUAUGCCUUUACGACGCAGCGCCACCGGCACUUCCCACACUCCUCGUUCGAACCGGCUUUCAAGUCAGGACGACAGCCCGUCCCACCCCUCCCAUGGGCUAGGUAACGAGGACCAUGUUGUUUCCGGCCCCAGAUCGGUUGAGAUUCGUCAGAGCACGGUCCAGUCGACAUCCAUUUAUGAACUUCUGAAGCUCUGCCCGUCCGAUAUGCCGAAGACUUCCCGCUACGAAUUCCUCAAUCGGUUGAGAAUAUGUAAAGCUCUUCUGGGUUCACCUGAGGACCGACAAGUGGCGCUUACCGUUCGCCUCCUGGCCAUAACCAACCUCGCCUACAUCCACCCGGAGUCCACCUUCGUGGAGAAGGUGCUGAAGCAGGAUAAUGAUGAGCCACGGAGGUACCAGCUCGUAUACCAACUUUCCGAGUUGAUCCACCCGUCGACCAAUGGAGUCUCUGAGACUCCUUUGAAGCUGCAGGCUGUUGCCUUCGCAACUUUGGAGGCGAUUACCGUCUUGCCAAGCAAGUACCCUGAGGUGGUUGCGGCUCUCAACGCCAACGUCAACCACGGCGUGCUGCUCUACGUCAUCCGGAAGGCCGUGGCGAGCAUCAGAGAAGACCCGGUCGAGGAGGAUGAGGGGAAGGAAACCGAUCUUGAUCGUUGGCGAACCACUCUUUUCGCUCUGACCCUUCAGAUGGCCAUGUCGGCCAGGAUUGGUCAGGAAAUGUCGUCUGCCGGGCUCCUGGAGAUCUUGGUCGAGAUACUCAACAUUCGCUCCAAGACUGCGACGCGCAAUUACAGCAUAAUACUUGCUUUCCUUGAUACCAUCGUGUAUGGGUUUCAGGGAGCCUCGACGGUCUUUAGCAGCGCUGGCGGACUCGAUGCUAUUUCCAAUCUCAUCAUCGAUACCGUUACCCGCUCAAAGGAGCUAGCGGCGGCUGGGGAGGGAACGAAGCCUGAGUUUCAGUCACAGGUUGUGGACUAUGAGAUACCAUUUUACCAGCAACAGACGCUCAAAUGGCUUCUCAAGUUCAUCCAUCACAUCAUGACCAGUGCAUUUUCCUAUGGAGCCACUACUGAACGGCUUCUGAGGAAUUUGGUCGACAACACCGCGUUAUUGUCGAGUCUUCGCGUCAUUGCUGAAGACAUGCGUGUGUUCGGGACUGUGGUCUGGACGAACGCUGCGACGCUGCUGAGCGACUUCAUCAACAACGAUCCGACCAGCUUCGCGGCCAUCUCCGAAUCGGGCAUGGUCCAGAGCUUCCUCGCGACCCUGACAGGUAGAACCGUCACUUUGCCAAAACCAGCAGGAACGCCCACACCGGAGCCUGAAAAUGAUGACCUUGGCUCACCAGCGGAUAGUGAUGAUGAUGACUCGGUCUCUUUCGAGAGCGAUGACCAGCCGCAUCCGCCCACACCGGAGAUGCUCGAGGCACCUAGAGAACAUCUUGCGCGUGGUGUCCUAACCUCCUACGAGGCGAUUGACAUCAUUCCGUCCAUCUUGAACUCCAUCUCCCUGAACAACCUUGGCAUGAAGAUGGUUGUGUCGUCGCGCGCCCUUGACAGCUACCUGGAGAUCUUCGAGAGCCCGGAACACGUUCAGAUCCUCUCGGAAGCUCAGUUGGCCAGCCGAGUCGGUGGUAGUUUCGAUGAGCUCGCUCGUCACCACCCGGCGCUGCGGCCGGCAAUUUCCAAUGCCGUACUUGAUAUGGUGGCGAGGGUCCUGCACAUCGCGAGGACCAAGUCUGCCAGCGCAGGCUGGGGUGUGAAGCUCUUGGUUACCGAUCCAAGCGGCACGACGAUGACGGCAGAUGAUUCCUUGCUGGCGCGAGCGGGAUCUGCAGUUGCUACAGCGAAGGGCAAGGAGAAGGCUGCAACGGAAGACUCGGAUGUCGAUAUGGCGGAUGCGAGUGCUGCACCCACGGAGCCCCUUGAUGCUAGCGGAAACGCAGUUUCCGCAUCGGAGAAGGCCACUCGUGAUUCCGAGAAGACUACAGCGGCUGCCCGCGAGAUCGUACCUUACAUUCUGGCGGUAUGUUCAUUCCUCGAGGCUAUCUUUAGGAACUCUAGCCUCAAAUCGGCAUUUAUUCGCGAAGGUGGUAUCGAGCUGCUGUUGCAGCUGUCGGAGGCCUCGAGCCUUCCCGAGGAUUUCGAGACCACAGACGCUUCCCACACGCUCUCCAAAGUCUUGUCGCAGCUCAUAGACACACACCCAAUACUUGGAUUCCCGUCCCUCCUAAACCGCAUCAAUGCUGCUGUGGACGACCUGGAGCCGCUGGUCAGCAAAGAGGGCGCACAGCCGUUCUUUGCCCCGUUCGUUGUCUCCAACCUCUCUCUUGUCGACGACAAGGGGGAGUGGGACCAGCCCUUGGUGCGCAAGGUCGCUGGCGGCACAAAAGUUGUGAGGGCCAUGGUCAGAUUGCAGUCCCUCCUCCGGACGCUCCAUCAGAGUUUCCCCUUUGCGUCCAGGCAGCAGACAGUCACGCUGCCAAGCGUGAACAUCUUCGACUAUUUUGCUGCUCUGAUCAAGCAUCUUGGGCCGCUCUUGCGGGAUGUUGCAACAGAAGACAUGGCCAUCGCUGCUCUUGUACCGCAGCAUUGGACAGGGAACAAGCCGUCUUUGACAGCUUCUCCGGAUGGUGUGGAACUCCCCUCCUCGCUUGCCACUACCCCCAGCGGUGUAAGCGAGCCUAGCGAGAUCGCCAAUACCUCCUCGCGAGACAAUGCCGCAGUCGACUCUUUGAAGCAACCCAAAAAGCCGACUGAGGAAGAACGGUCCUCAGCCCAGUUCCGCAACUAUUUCGUCAUCCACCGUCUCUUGCACUCGCUAGCACCGAGCUCACUCCCAUUCUUCCAGACAAUCGGCAAAGCUCUGUUUCCGAGACGAGGACUGGAUUUCUAUCUCAGGUCUCAUCAUCUCGACAUCGCGGAGGCGUUAGCAGAGACGGUCCUCAAGCAGCUGCAAAUGCCAGAGCAGAAGCUGACGGCUAGGGAUCUGCACUAUUGGAUCGUGAUGUUCCACGUGCUGCAUGGGAUGUUGAUUGAUCAGUCGCGGCACAGCGAGCGCUCUUCCCACCAACUGAUCCUACCCGUUUUGGUGGCGUUUAAAGAGCACGGCGGCAUAGAGCUGAUGAACACGAUGCUCCAGAGGUUCGCCCAAGAGACCUGCAGCGAGGCGCCCGAGGGCGACGAUGCCCACAAGAUGCGGCUGGCCACGGCUGGGAUGAAGAAGAUCCUUGAGAUCUAUCACACCAUCGUCAACGGCAAGUGCGUUUACGACUCGCUCAGCCAGAUCAACCUAGUUCCGCGAUCCCCGGAUAGGAGUAAGGACUUUGGACAUCAGCUUGUAGUGGAACUGAGAUUGGCCAUCUUGCCAACCAUCCGUAAGCUCUGGGAGUCUGACUUCGCUGAGAAGGCUCCGUCACCGGCCCUGAGCAAGGUUAUUGAUAUUAUCAAGACAAUUGCGACAGCCGAUCAGGAGUCAAAUGCAUGGCGCAAGUCGGACAAGACCUCCCCGCCAGUUGUCUUCCAACAUCGCAGGCCGGUUCGAUUCGGCUGGGGUGCUUACGGAGAUGAAGUCAACAACCUGACCCGGAUGGGUUACGAAGAGGACCUCGCCAGCGAAGCUGUCUAUCGCGCUAACGGAAAGCAUGACGACGCGCUAGAGUACUGCCGGGCUCACUCUAAAGGCUUGGCCGGCAAGCGCAACCCCAUCCCCGAGCAGGACGCUUAUCAGAGCCCGCCAUCGCCGAAACCGCAGGAAGCGUCAGAGCAAUCCGCGCCUGAGACGCCCGCUGACCCAUUGGAAGGGGGCCCCAUGUCCCUGGAUUCAAUACCCAUCGUUAGUAACUUCAUUCGGGAGGCGAUCGGCGAAGCGGUGUCUGGAGACCUCGGUGAUCAAUCCUCCGAGGGAUCCAACGAUACGAGCCAGGAUGGCUCCGUUCAAGAGCCUGCUACUCGGGAAGCAAGCGGCGGCCUGUCGAUGCCGGUCCAGGGAGAAGUCGCUUCCUCGGACUCGACUACCGAACUUCCGACGUCCCGGUUGGUUACGAAGGAGGACCUCGACAAGGAGCGGGCGGAGCUCCAAGAAAAUCUGAUUGACCGCUGCCUCGACGUCGUCAGGGCACAUCCGGAUCUGGUCUUCGAGGUUUCUGACUUGAUCCAUGCCACAAUCCUCAAGUCCGACAGCGAAGACAAACGGAGCGAGGUCGGCCAAAUCCUCGCGGAUGCGCUCAUGUCGUUUGCCACGGAUGACGACGAUGAGAAGCGAGCAAACGGUCGAGGCAUCGCUGCCUAUGCGCACUUGCUGUCCCUUCUUCUCCAGAACCGGCCGUUCUUCAAAUCCACAUUGCCAACUCUGAAGCAGAACAUUGGCGAUUACCUGGGCUUCCUGAAGGUGCCUCCGGUCAGCUCCAACGAAGAACUGCCGACAUGGCUUCCACACAUCCUCCUGAUCUUUGAGAUCCUUCUGUCAGACGAUGAACAGUCGGUCGAGAUCAAAUGGAAAGCGCCCGCCACUGACGACGAUCGUGUCGAACAACCGGUCUGGGUCGCCAAGGAGCUCAACGUGUCGAGCGACUACCGCUCCAACUUGCUAGCCGCGAUUCUCGAUAUUCUGCCGAGAAUCGGCAGGGAACAACAGCUCCACGCGGUCGCCGUCAUGCGUCUCCUGGUAGUUCUCACGCGGGAUCAUGCGAUGGCAAAGACUGUUGGGGAGAAGCGUAACCUACAGCGACUGUUCGUUAUGGCGAAGCAGUCGUGCAGCGGAGGCUCGCGUCUAGUCCAGUCACACAUCUCGGCCAAUAUCAUGACUGUUCUUCGUCACAUCGUUGAGGAUGAAGAGACGAUCCGCCAGACGAUGCGGACGGAAAUCCAGCAAUUCUUCACAUCGUCUCGGGGCAACCGGUCCUGUGACAUCCAGGCAUACUUGCAGCAGCUUUCUCAUGUCGCGCUCCGCGCACCGAAGCUCUUUGUUGAUGUCACCACGGAGGCUGUCAAGCUGACUCGUCGGUCGUCUUCUCUCGACCCCAGCGGUCGGGGUCACAGCCUUUCCCUCGAGUACCAACCCGCAGAACAGGUGACUCCGCCAAAACAGGGCUCCGUCGAGCCUGCUGUUCAAGGAACGGAAGACCUCACUAUCGAGGAUGUCAAGCCAUCGACGGAAUCUGCGGAUAAGGAGAUGACGGACGCACCAAAGACUCCCUUUGAAGUCAAGCGGCCUGUCCUCGAGAACCCGGAUGGGGUGGUCCACUUCCUGCUCUGCGAGCUGCUGAACUAUCGCGAGGUUGACGAUAAGGAGCCAUCAAGCCAUCCAACCAAAGAGCCAAAGGAGGGAGGCGAGUCCUCUAGCACGGUUGGAGAAGCGGCAGCAUCUGCGGACCAGCAGUUUCCUGAGCAAAAGGACAAAGAUAAGAAGGCGUCCAAGCCGACUUUCAAGGCAGAGGAUCAUCCCAUCUUCGUCUACCGCUGCUUUUUGCUCAACUGCUUGACAGAGCUCCUACAGAGCUUCAAUCGCGCCAAGGUUGAAUUCAUCAACUUCAAGCGGAGUGCGCCGAUGCAGAUCAACACGCCAAUCAAGCCCCGUUCGAGCAUCCUAAACUAUCUUCUUAACGACCUGCUGUGCUUGGGACCGUCUGGUAUCCCUACGGACUCGACGAUCAUCAAGAAGAAGGCGGCUACCUCGACCCACGCACAGGCAGUGCUCGUGGCUUUAGUCACGCGAACACCGGAGAAAGCCAUUGACCGUAGCCGCAAUCACUUCGAGUACGAUGAUGACCCGGACCUCCUCUUUGUCCGACGAUUUGUUCUCGACACCGUCCUCCGCGCGUACAAAGAAGCCAGCACCGCGGCUGAACCGAUAGACGUCCGUCUUGGAAAGAUGAUGUGCGCCGCCGAACUCAUGAGCCUGAUGAUCGGUGAGAAGGACAAAGAGGGGCAGCCCAAGGAUGCCCGCGCGACCGAUCCUGCCGUCGUUCGGUCCCAGAUGCAACUCAAGCGCCUCAUGUACGAGAAGGGAUACCUCCCUGCGUUGACGGCCUCUAUUGCCGACAUUGACCUCAGCUUUCCCAACGUGAAGCGGACCAUCAAGUACAUUCUGCGCGUCCUCCGCGCCCUUACGAAGACGGCUUACCAGUUGAGCCAGUCGGACGUCAUCGCCGUGACCACGACUGCCGAGCAGCCGGAGGACGACUUUGCCUCAGCCUCGUCACUCUCAGAUCUGGAUGAUGAUCGUGAGGAGACCCCUGACCUCUAUCGCAAUUCUACGCUGGGUAUGCUCGAGCCUGGCCGCGAGGAGGACUUCACAGAUGAGUCUGACGAAGAUGACGACGAUGCAAUGUAUGACGACGAGGGCUACGAGGACGAACUGGAUUACGGAGAUGAGAUGUCCCAGGAUGAAGAGGACAAUCCCAGUGACGAGGAUGAAGAUGAGAUGGGUGAAAUGGGAGGCCUCCCUGGAGACCCGGGCGUCGUCGAGGUCAUUAUGGGCGAAGAUGAUGAAGAUGAGAUGGAGGACGACGAACAUGAAUCCAGCGACGAAGACGAGGAGGAGGAUGAAGACGACGGAGACGAAAUGGACUCGGACGACAUGGAGGAGGUUGAAGACCGCAUUGAGAUCGUGAACGAGGAAGGUAAUGCCAUGGACGAUGACGGAGCCUCUGAUUGGGAGAGCGACACAGAUGAUGAGGACGAAGAGGCUGGUGAGGAACUGGACUUUGAGGCGGAGGCACAAGAGAUCCAUGACGCACUCAUGCAUGGACAUGGCAUAGACCACCUCGGCCGGGUCCCCGAUAUUCUGCGGAACGCCGCUGACGACGAAGACAUCGAUGGGGAGGACAUCCAGGACCUCGACGAUCACUACAUUGACGACGGUUUCGAUGGUGAAGAUGAUGAAGACGACGAGGAAGGUGAGGAGGAUGAGGUGUACUACGACCAGGGCCACCCUCGUGAUGACAUGCCGUCUGCCAUCAUGCCAUCGGGGCUCGGCUGGGACAUAACGGUUGAGCCCAACCUUCGGCUCCGACAUGGAGGUUCUAGGAGCCCGUUCCCUCUCCAUGCUCCCUUCAUGAUGGGAGGACACCGCGACCUCCGCGACCCCCCCGGGACCGACUUCCGGAGCUUCAUCCGCCAGAGGCACGGUGGACCGCCUGCCAAUCCGAUCAACGAUGGUGUCAACCCUCUACUGCUCUCUAAUAACCGUACGGGACAAGACCAAGCUGCGCGCGGCGCUAGCCAACCUAUGAUCCGCCUCGGCUUCCCGGGCGCCUUUAUGGGGCCGGGUAUGGAUGCUCCUCUUGCGUUCAUUAACGAGUUGAUGCAGAGUAUUCCAUUCCCGACAAGAGGCGGUCCGCACCUCAGUCUCCAGCUGAGAUCCGAAGGCCCGGCUGGAGAGGUCCGCCACUUGAGCAUUCCGCUGCCAUGGAACGAACCCGGCCGCGAGACCCGUUGGGAACCACGACGCGAGGUAUAUCUGGAGCCUCACCAAGCUGUCGCCUUCAUCCCUGAGUCUACUGCCGAGCGAUGGGCGCAGGAAGCCAAGUUGAUCUAUGGUUUCAACCAUCAUGAGAAAUCCGCAUUGCUAUCAAUGGGGAUCAUCGGGAUGCUGACCCCCGCGGCCAUCCAACGAGAAAAGGAAGCGAAAGCUCGUGAGGAAGAGGAAAAGCGGAAACGAGAGGAGGAGCGCAAGAAGCGCGAGGAGGAAGAGCGGAAAGAGCGAGAGGCCAAGGAGGCUGAGGAGCGGGCCGCGAGAGAGAAGAAGGAAGCUGAAGAACGUGAGCGCCAAGAGCGGGAACGUGCCGAGGCCGAAGCAGCUCGCGCGGCGGAGCAGGCCACAGCGGCAGCAGAGGCGGCGGCGGCGGCGGCGGCGGAGGAGGAGGAACCCCAGCCCAUGGAAGGGGUCGAGUCGCACGCGGAAACCCAGGCGGAAGCGCAGCCCUCGGCCGCCCCCGCGGAACGUGUCGUCACCACGAUCCGAGGUGAGACCGUCGACAUUACUGAGCUUGGCAUUGACCCCGAGUAUCUUGCCGCGCUCCCGGAGGAGUUCAGGGAAGAAGUCAUAGCUCAGACGGUCAGCGCUAGACGCUCCCAGGCCCGCGAACAGGGAGCUACCGAAGGAGAAAAUACCGAGGUUUUCCAGGAGUUCCUCGAGGCGCUUCCGGCGGAAUUACGGAUGGAGAUUGUGCAGCAGGAACGCCAAGAACGCCGUCGUCGGGAGCGCGAGGAGCAGCGCAGACAAGCCGCAGCCGCAGGCCAGGACCUGGGUCCCGCUGAUAUGGACCCGGCCAGUAUCCUGUUGACGUUCCCGCCCGCCCUCCGGGAGCAGAUCUUGCUGGAACAGGGCGAGGAUCUCAUGGAUCACCUGUCCCCAGAGCUCGCUGCCGAGACUCGCCGUCUUGUUGAUGGCUUUCAUGAGCAGCACCGCGUGCAUCACCGGACAGCGCCCAUGACAAUUCACACACGGAUUCAUGCUCGACCUGAAGCACCAGUUGAGACAAAGCCACAGCGGCGCACGAUCGUGCAGAUGCUGGAUAAGGCCGGUGUCGCCACUCUCCUCCGGCUCAUGUUCAUCACCCAGCAGAGCAACAUCCGCAGCUAUCUGUUCGACGUCUUCGGCAAUGUUUGCGAGAAUCGUCAGAACCGUCUGGAGGUUGUUUCCUCACUGCUCCAGAUCCUCCAAGAAGGGACGGCCGACAUGGAUGCGGUCGAACGCAGCUUUGGCCAGCUAUCCGCAAAGGCGAGGCAACAAAAGGACAAGGACCCCAAGACGCCGCAGAGCCUCAAACGGACAUCCACGAGCAUCGGCGCCAACAGCCAACUGAGCGGCAUCUCUGAGGUCUCGCCCUUGCUGGUUGUCCAACAGUGCCUUGACCUCUUGCAGGAGCUUGCUACCAAGAAUGCGCAUAUUCCUUCCCUCUUCCUGACGGAGCACGAGAGCGUCGCCUCCACACUCAAGCGCAGCGCGAGCCGCAAGGGCAAGGGCAAAGACGUCAACACCAAGGCCCACAAGUACGCCAUCAACUCGCUCUUGGGUCUCCUGGAUCGGAACCUGAUCAUGGAGAGUUCGUCUGUCAUGCAACUUCUGGCGGAUCUGCUUAACAAAGUGACGUAUCCGCUCCAGGCCCUCGAGCGCCGGCGUAGGGAGGCCGAGGAGGAGGCGAGAAAGAAGGCAGAAGAGGCAAAGAAAACGGCCGCGGGGAAGACAGAGGGAGAGAAGGAUGAGGGAACUGCUGAGAACGCUGCUUCGGAGAUGGACCAGACAUCUAGAGACCAGACUUCUGAGGAACAGGUCGCGGCACCCAACCAUGGCAAAGUCGAAGCGGAGAGCUCAACGGCCAAGGAAUCGAAGCCGGAGGAGAAGAAGGUUCGGCAACUCACUCCGCCCACCAUUCCCGACCACAACCUCAAGCUGGUCAUCAACAUCUUUGUGGCGCGGGAGUGCAGCUCGAAGACCUUCCAGAACACGAUCUCGACGAUCAAGAAUCUCUCCAACAUCCCAGGCGCCAAGAAGGUCUUUGGCGAUGAGCUCGUGUCGCAAGCCAAGGCGCUGAGCGAAAACAUCGUGUCCGACCUUGACGACCUGCUUCCGCACAUCCUCAGGGCAGAAUCAGGCACAGAGAUUCAGGGAGUCGCACUGGCCAAGUUCUCGCCAGGUGCAUCCGAACAGAACAAGCUGCUCCGGGUCCUGACUGCGCUGGACCACUUGUUUGACACCAAGGGCAAGAAGUCAAACGACGGUGCCCAGGACAGCAAGGAGGACCUCCUGGGGUCGCUGUACUGGAACCCAACCUUCGGGGUCAUGUGGGAGAAGCUGGGCGCGUGCCUGAGCGCGAUUCGGCAGCGGGAGAACACGAUCAACGUGGCGACGAUCCUCCUGCCGCUGAUCGAGUCGCUGAUGGUCGUCUGCAAGAACACGACGCUGGACGACGUGUCAGUCUCGCAGGCGAAGGAGAUGCUCCUCUCCAGUCCGCCGCCGGACAACCGCAUGGCGAGCCUGUUCUUCACUUUCACGGAGGCGCAUCGGCGUAUCCUGAACGAGCUCGUCCGCCAGAACCCCAAGCUGAUGUCUGGAACCUUCUCUCUGCUCGUCAAGAACCCCAAGGUCCUCGAGUUCGACAACAAGCGGAACUACUUCAACCGCAGCGUUCACGCGAAGACGGGCCAGCAGCGGCCGCAAUACCCGUCGCUGCACCUCUCGGUUCGUCGAGAACACGUCUUCCACGACUCGUUCAAGUCUCUCUACUUCAAGUCGGGUCCGGAGAUGAAGUAUGGCAAACUCAACAUCCGCUUCCAUGGCGAGGAGGGCGUCGAUGCCGGUGGCGUCACGCGCGAGUGGUUCCAGGUGCUCGCGCGCCAAAUGUUCGACCCCAACUAUGCGCUCUUCAUCCCCGUUUCGUCAGACCGCACAACCUUCCAUCCGAACAAGCUCAGCGGUAUCAACGAUGAGCACCUGAUGUUUUUCAAGUUCAUUGGUCGCAUCAUUGGCAAGGCUCUCUACGAGGGCCGUCUGCUCGACUGCUACUUCAGCCGUGCCGUCUACAAGCGCAUCCUCGGCAAGCCCGUGUCGGUCAAGGACAUGGAGUCGUUCGAUCCAGACUACUACAAGUCACUUGUCUGGAUGCUCGAGAACGACAUUACCGACAUCAUUACCGAGACUUUCUCGGUCGAGGACGACGAGUUUGGCGUGACCAAGGUCGUGGACCUCGUCGCGAACGGCCGCAACAUCCCGGUCACUGAUGAGAACAAGCACGAAUACGUGCGGCUGAUCGUGGAGCACAAGCUCCUCACAUCGGUCAAGGAGCAGAUGGAGCACUUCCUGAAGGGCUUCCAUGACAUCAUCCCCGCGGACCUCAUCGCCAUCUUCAACGAGCAGGAGCUCGAGCUUCUCAUCUCGGGCCUGCCAGACAUCGACGUGGACGACUGGAAGAGCAACACAGAGUACCACAAUUACACUGCGGCAUCCCAGCAGAUUCAGUGGUUCUGGCGCGCGGUACGCUCGUUUGACAAGGAGGAGCGCGCCAAGCUUCUCCAGUUCGUGACGGGCACGUCCAAGGUGCCCCUCAACGGGUUCAAGGAACUGGAAGGCAUGAAUGGUGUCAACCGAUUCAAUAUCCACCGGGACUAUGGCAACAAGGACCGGUUGCCCAGUUCCCACACGUGCUUUAAUCAACUCGAUCUUCCUGAGUAUGAGAGUUACGAUAUUCUCCGCAGCCAGCUUCUCAAGGCCAUCACGGCCGGCAGUGAUUACUUCGGCUUCGCCUAAGUAGGAAGGGGGG